UCUAACAAAUGAUUAGGUGCAAAACAUGACAAUUGACAAUUAUGGAUGACGCAUACUUCUAAAAGAAGCGAAUAGGAAUAAUAUGCAAUUUUGUUUUUCUACGCAUAAUAAGUGUUAUUCGCAAUAUUAAAUAAGAGUACAGGUUGAUAAUUGUAUGCAAUUAAAGAAAAAUGAGUUUUCUCGGCAAAUUAUUUGGAGGGAAAAAAGAAGAGAAGGGUCCAACGACUCAUGAAGCUAUACAAAAGUUACGUGAAACUGAAGAGUUGCUGAUCAAAAAGCAAGAAUUUUUAGAGAGAAAGAUUGAGGUAGAAAUACAAACAGCUAGGAAAAAUGGUACUAAGAACAAAAGAGCGGCAAUUGCUGCAUUAAAACGUAAGAAGCGGUAUGAGAAGCAAUUAACACAGAUUGAUGGUACACUUACCCAAAUUGAAGCACAGAGGGAGGCACUUGAAGGUGCAAAUACCAAUGCCCAAGUUCUCAACACAAUGAAAGAAGCAGCCAAUGCCAUGAAACUGGCACACAAGGAUAUAGAUGUAGACAAAGUUCACGAUAUAAUGGACGAUAUAGCUGAACAGCAUGAUAUAUCUCGGGAGAUAACGGACGCUAUUAGCAACAAUGUCGCCUUCUCUAAUGACAUUGAUGAGGAUGAACUUGAACGUGAACUGGAAGAAUUAGAACAGGAGGAACUUGACAAGGAGAUGAUUGGUAUCAACGUACCUUCAGACAGCCUUCCAGAGGUACCAUCUACUGAACCCGUGCCUGCGAAAUCUAAACCAAGCAAGUCUGACGAGGAUGACAAAGAUUUUGCACUUCUCAAAUCCUGGGCCACAUAGGUUUCGACUUUAUGUAUUUUUUAAGCUGUCAUCCGUGAUAUAAUCUGCGUUCAAUAGAAAUAUAUUAUCUGUACAAUUACAA